AGCCAUGCAGGCGACCCUUCUCCCUGCCUUUCCCCCGCGGAGCUGGCAGCAGGGGGGUGAGGGCCCCCAGGGGGCAGCAGGAAAGGGGGCAAUGGGAGGCAACUCCCCACCCCCCACUGCCAGGGACUCGGUGUCAACUUUCCGAUCCACCUUAAAGCAUCUCCCCGCGUGGCUGUGAUUCCUGGGUGGGGUGUUGCCCGGGGAGCGGAGGGGGCUGGCGCGCGGCCCCGCCUUGCAGGGUUGUACCUGCCCAGCUGCGUCAACUUUGUCCCAGUCCCAGCUGGGUCGGGAGGGCGCGCGUGGCGUGGGGCAGCCGGGACCGGCCGCGGAAGGGGGCAGGCUCGCGCCACGGCUUGCAGCAGCGUUGGGGCUUUUCCCCCCUUCCCGUCGCGGGGCAGGCCGGGCUCGGUGGGUUUCCCUUGGGAGUCUGGGCUUCCUCCCCGCCGCCCCAUUGCGUGCCAGGAAGAGCAGGGAGAACUUUCCCCUGGGGGCGGCUUGUGUCCCAGGCUCGUCAUGCUGCGGACGGGAGGCGUUUAUGCCGGGAAAAAGAGGAAAAAGCCGGUGCAGAAAAGCCCGAAGCCACCACCUCCCGAGGGCGUACUGUCAAACCCCUCCAAGCGGCACCGGGACCGCCUCAAUCAGGAGCUGAACAAACUGACGAGCUUGCUGCCCUUCCCUGAGGAUGUCCAGGCCAGACUCGAUAAGCUUUCCGUCCUCCGGCUGAUUGUAGGAUACCUGAAAGUGAAGAGCUACCUCAUGGCCACUGUGCCGAACCACGGCGGCCACAUAGCAGAUCAGCCUGGGACGCUUGGAGGGAACGGACAGAUGAAUCUGCAGAUCAACGGGGAAACGUUCUCCGAAGGGGACAUGCUGCUCCAGGCACUAAAUGGAUUUGUCAUUGCAGUCACAGCAGAGGGUUAUGUUUUCUACGUCUCACCUACAGUUCAGGACUACCUGGGAUUUCAUCAGUCAGACAUCAUCUACCAGAGUGUGUUUGAGCUGAUCCACACGGACGAUCGAGCCAUGUUCCAGUGCCAGCUGCAUUGGUCCCUAAACCUGCCUCCAUACAAGGAACCGGAGCGAGGCACAGCCGCCAUGCCUCAUGUAGACAGCAGCACCACCACCAUGGAUGACCCCCAGCACCUGCCACCUGAGAAUUCCUCCUUCUUAGAAAGAAGCUUCAUCUGUCGCUUCCGUUGCUUGUUGGACAACUCCUCGGGAUUCCUGGCCUUGAAUUUCCACGGCCGUUUGAAACUCCUCCAUGGGCAGCAAAAGAGAACAGAAGAUGGGACCCUCAGGCCUCCCCAGCUGGCUCUGUUUGCCAUCGCAACUCCGCUCCAACCACUUUCUAUCCUGGAGCUUCGAACCAAGACCUUCAUCUUCCAAACAAAACACAAGCUGGACUUUACCCCCGUGGCCUGUGAUUCAAGAGGUAAAGUUGUGCUGGGAUACACAGAAACUGAGCUCUGCAUGAGAGGCUCCGGGUACCAGUUUGUCCAUGCCGCAGACAUGAUGCACUGUGCAGAGAAUCAUGUGAAAAUUAUGAAAACCGGAGAGAGCGGAAUCACCGUUUUCAGGCUACUGACGAAGAAAGCAGGCUGGCUCUGGGUCCAAGCAAAUGCGAGACUGGUGUAUAAAGGAGGCCAACCGGACUGCAUCAUUUCCAGACAGCGGGCCCUGUCGAAUGAAGAAGGAGAGGAGCAUUUGUGCAAGCGGAGCCUGCAGCUACCUUUUCACUUUGCCACGGGUGAAGCAGUCCUGUAUGAAAACAGUCCGCCCGGGUUCCUGGACUACUUGCACACCAAGAAGGUUUCAAAGGCAAAGAGAGAGACCCCCCUGGAGCCGGGCUCAAUAGAUCCCAACUCGCUCCUAGGGGCCAUGAUGAACCAAGACGAAUCCAUAUACGUCUCCCACGCCGAUAAUGUGCCACAGUUCUCCCUGGCGGAUAUUGUCGACAUACCGGAAGAGCCAUGGCUCGAUGAUGGAAAUAAGAGAGCUGUCAAAGAGAAUGACUCACUCCUAGUCGUCAUUGAAACACCCUUUGAAAAGAGCAAUGUGGAUGGUGACAUCUCUAAGACUCUGCAGAGCCAGGAAAUGGAUGACCUGGAAUUAAAGCAAUGGGAGGAGAUCUUGUGCAACAUGGACACCAAGAAGCCAGUGGCCCCGGGUUUCCAGGAGAGGUUGAAUGACAAGGUGACCUCCUGUGUGGAGGAGAUAUUGUUUAAAAAAGAUAAUGGAAAGAAUCUGGGGUUCCCACGGUAUGAUGUGACGGCUUCAUCUCAGGCCCUUAUUCAACAAAUUCCUCUGGAACAAAUUCCACAAAGCACUGAGCUAAACAGACUUCAAAACCAGCUUGUCAAUAAUAGGAAAUGCAAUCAGCAAAGCAAUCCCCUGGUGAAUUGUCACCAUUUCUGGGGGGCUAAUUCAGCAGCCGCUACACCAUGUGGAUUCCAAAAUCCAAUGUCUACUUCACAGCAAAAUUCACUAGACCAUGAUCCUCAGGGUCCUUUAGUCACCAAUAUGUCCCAGGAUAUCACUUCUAAACCAGAAAAGCAAGCACGUUUUGAUCAAGCAAAUUUGCUAAGUGGGAAUAUACUAAAUUCCUUGGGGUUCAAUAACCAGGAAACUACGGGAAUUAAUCUAACAAAUCCUGCACAGGUAUUUCAGCCAAAGGCUCCUGCUCCAGUUUCCUGGGGGAAAGUUAUUCCUAAAAAUCAGAUACAUCGGAGCUCAACUCUGCUUGACUCAAAUCAUCCAGCUCCAUUAAAAAUGAAUUCACAAGAGAGUCAGUGGCCAGACCCAUUGGUUUCAAUGAAUCCAGUCAUCACUUUCAAUCAGAAUAAUUCUCCAAGAGGUCACUCGUUAGAUGUUUGGAAAUCUGCCACUCCAAAUCAGCUGGGAAUCAAACCAAUGGAGAUAGAGUCACCAACUCUACUGGCAAAUAACCAACUGAAUCUUUUUGGAUCACAAGUAACAAAUCCAUGGAUUUCCUCAUCACAGCCUGCUCAUAACAAUGAUCAGGGCAUGCAAGAAUUCAGCAUAAUGCAGGUGUCUCCAGUGCAAGCUCUACAGAAUGAAAUAUCUGGUUCUCUUGAGCAAAAAUCUAGUCCAUUAGAAGCUGGCCACCUGUCUGGAAGCCAUUCCUUUCCCCAACAUACCUCUUCACAUGGACCUCACUUAGUGCCACAUUUUUACAAUAAAGAGCAGCAGCAGAUGCUUCAGAACAAACAGUUGUCAACACAGCAACAGCAGCUGAUGCAAGCAAGGAUGUAUCCUCAAGCUCAUUGCAGGCCAACUCAAAUUCAACACAAUGGAUUUCCACUGGCCAGCUCCUUGGAGCCAAGUAGCUGGUGUCACGUUCGCUCCCGGGUGGGAAACCAGCAAAUGGACAAUAUUCUUGAAAGCUCAUUGAAGUCCUCAUCAUGUAGUACGUUAUCUAGUGAUGUCAUGUUAGCUUCAUGGGAAUAUGAAAACAGUGGCUUAUCCUUUGAAAAUGAUGUUGCGUUUCCUAAAGCCACUCAUGUGACAUCUCUUCCCCAGCAACAAAAUACCAUGCCCUGUCAUGGUGAGAGCAAUCCAAAAAUGUGUAACUUCCAAAGGCCUAAGGAACCCAUUCUGGGUUCCUCAGUGACUCCUCCCAUGGAAGCUGGGUUGAGGGGACCUUUCUACCAGUUGGAACCAAAUUUUCCUCCCGUGUCAUUAACAGAUAGGCAGAUGAAGAGUCAGCAACAGCUCUUCACUUACAAUAUUCAGCUCAAGGUGAGGGAGGGGGGCAUAUGUGAAGGUGUGAAAACUGACAGACACAAGAACAACCGAGCUGUGCAUGUUAAGUGACAAGCUGAGACAUGAACGUUAUAUAAGCAGUGUCACCAAAACGAAGAGAAUGCCUCCAUGGAAUUUACUCCUACAAUUGCUAAAGACAGUGUGUGUUUCCUCAAGUACUGAGAGGGAAUGUAGCAAUAGAGAAGGAAAAGACCCUGCUCCCAGCUGUGGACUGAUUUCAUGGCCUUGGAUUGGCAAGCCUUUUUUUCCCCUACUGAUGUGUGAAUAUUUCGAUAUUAUUAUAAUUGUUGCUGCUGGUGGCUUUUUCUAAGUGAACACACACACAUUCCUGAGACACUCUACUGUGGAUUCCACAGAGACGAACUUGAACACUCAUGCAUUUUCUACUGAAGAAACUGUGCUCCUCUUAACCAGUUGUCUUCUGCUUGAUCUUCUGAGUAGAGCCAAGGAGAAUUAAGCACCAAUAACUGGAUUAGGCACUAAAGUAACUGAGCCACCAUAAGCUUUAAAAAACUGGGAACAAGUAUUUGGAGUUUCCAAUGAGUUUUCCAGGUCAGGUAAUUAACAAGACGACACAGAUGUACGAAAAAUGUCUGAGAUGUUGCAAUAGAAAUUCCAUAAGGCUGCUGUCCGAUCUCCUGCUUGAACACUAAGGCCCAGAGUUCUAAUUCAAGGGGGUGAAGAUAUGGUCGCAGUCUUUGCAAACAUUAUUUGUGCAUGUGCUCUUGUCCAUUGGGAAGUUGUGCGUGAUAUGAUCUGGAUAUGGAAUGGGAGCACUUCUAAAUCCAAGCAGCAUCUACCUCUCGAAUGACUGUACAUGACCGAAUGACUGAAAUCAACCCAAGGGUAUCAGUGCUAACAAAGAUGCCUAUAUGCCUUGUACUGACUUAUUUUACUUUUCAGGGGUUCUCAAACUUCAUUGCACCAUGACCCUCUUCUGACAACAAAAAUUACUAUAGAUCCCCAGGAAUGGGGACCAAAGCCUGAGGCCACCCGAGCCCCACAGCCCUAGGUGUGGGGGCCAAAGCCCAAGCCCCAAUGCUCCAGGUGGUGGUGGGGGGGGUUCAAAGCUGAAGCCCAAGAGCUUCAGCCCAGACGGGGCCUGUAACCUGAGCCCUGCCAGCCAGAGCUG